CGAAGCUUCCUGUGUUUGUAAACUGCCAUGGUCACGUGUCAGGGGGCCUCCCCGGGGAGUACUUCCGGUACCGUUUCCUGUGUUUGUAAACUGAAGAAAAACUGGAACUCGAUCGGGAAACUUACAGGCGGCGAAAUAGGCGAAGUCGUAAAGGAGCCGGAGCCAGAUGACUUGGGGAAGUUCCGGUCAUUUGCCAGAUAGACCGUCCUGAGCGAGGGAUACCCCAGUCACACAGUCCAGCCGUCCCGGAGAUGAGCCACCUGCCUAGCAGCUCUGUCCGCGAUCACAUGAAAUGGGCAGGGUUGCUGGGCUGUGAGGCCGUGCUAUCAAGCAUGGCCCUGAUGCAAGCCGGCUCCAUGGCCGGCCAGAAGAAGAUGGCCACCCCACUGGGCCAGGGACAGAGGGAGAGCCCCGAGCACAGCCAGCAUAACCACAUGGUCCUGCCCUCAGGAAUGAGCUGCCCCCCGCUGCUCAUACGCAAGGAGGGGGAAUUCCAUUCCUCUCGUCUUCUGGAUGAAAAGGGUAUGAGAGAGAGCAGCUCAGUGAAGAAGAAGAAUAGGAAGUCGGGGACGCCCUGCAAAGUGAGGGAGAGAAGCAAAGCAGGGGAGGUGGUGGUGGUGGACGAGAACGGCGACUGUCCUCUUAAAGUCCAGAAGAACUUCAUCUGCGAGCACUGUUAUGGAGCCUUCAGGAGCAGCUACCACCUCAAGAGGCACAUCCUGACCCACACAGGGGAGAAGCCGUUUCCCUGUGACGUCUGUGACAUGCGCUUCAUCCAGCGCUACCACCUGGAGCGGCAUAAGCGCGUCCACAGUGGGGAGAAGCCGUACCGCUGCGAGCGCUGCCAGCAGGUGAGGGGGUCUCGCAUCUACACAGCGGAGGGGGUACUGCUGCCAGCAGGUGAGGGGAGCGACCCAGCGGGGCUGUCCGAUCUGCACCUGGCCCCCCGCAUGCCCGCCCUGAGCUGCCCGUUCCAUGGAUGCCGCCCUUCCGAGUUUUAG